AAUUAUCUUGUGGUAUCCGAUAAAGGUAGAGUAUAGUCUUUGCACACAACAGAACGUCGUCGCAACUGCUUUAUGAUACAAGCGUUCAGGAACCUCUGCGCUGAAAACGCGUCUAAAACUAAAGGGAAUACUUGUGUAGAUAAAGAGAAACAAGGGCCACUGAUUGAUCAGAUAAUACGGGACACAGACAAAAUUUGGAUUAUAUUACAACUGCCCGUCUCCCAUUCCGCACUGGCUCUAAGUAAUACUUCUAUUCUCCGGGUUCCCUGCAUUUCGCAUGUGAUCCAAAUUUGUCUGAAUGAGCUCCUUGGAAAGUUAAGGCAGUUUUAGACAAUAAAAAGAAAGGGUCAGAGUGGUCUGAUGAGUAGAUUCAGUCACCACAGUCAAGGCACCCUGCAAGAUAAAUUACUGAUACUUUAAAGAAAUCGCAUGGACUUGCAUAAAGUAUCUGUCGCUCAAUAUCU